CUUUUCAUCUGGACAGGUUUUCAUAAAUCUCCCCCGUUUUGUUGCUGAAAUGUCCACAAUCCUUUCAUCUUCAUCAUCCUGGUAGAUGGCAGCAGAUCAAGAAUUUCUAUUUUUACAGAUGCAGCAGUCAAAUGAUAUAUAAAGGAUGCUGAAUAUUUCAGGACCGUUGAAGUAUUCUAUUUGAAACAGACACAAUGGGAAAGAUUAUCUUUUUUGAGGACAAGAACUUCCAGGGCCGCUCUUAUGAGUGCAGCUCUGACUGCUCUGAUCUCCACUCCUUCUUCAACCGCUGUAACUCCAUCCGUGUAGAGAAUGGAAACUGGAUGCUAUAUGAACGUCCCAACUAUGCUGGACACCAGUACUUCCUGAGAAAGGGAGAAUAUCCUGACUUUCAGCAGUGGCUAGGUUUCAAUGACUCUAUCAGGUCCUGUCGACUUAUCUCUUCAUACAGAGGCACCCACAAGAUCCGGAUCUAUGAAAGAGAAGACUUCCGAGGUAAUAUGGUGGAGCUCACUGAAGAUUGCCCAGUUCUAUUUGAACGAUUUAACUAUCAUGAAGUUUACUCUUGCAACAUACUUGAGGGAUCUUGGAUUUUCUAUGAGUUGCCUAAUUACAAAGGAAAGCAGUAUUAUCUCAAGCCUGGAGAGUACAAAAGAUUCACUGAAUGGGGAGCACUUAACAGCAAAGUAGGGUCUCUGCGACGUAUCCUGGACAGUUACUGAAUUUUCUGGAAAACAAAAAUAAGUGAUAAUAAACAAU